GAAAAAGAGCAAUGGCCUUUAGUGAAGUUUGUAGAAUUUGUUUAAACGUUAAUGUACGCAUGCUUGUACUUAAGAAGACUAGCCUCCAAAAUUUGUAUAAAACAUUGACGAACAGAUUUAUGGAUGAGGAUGAGGAGCCCAUAAUUGUCUGUUUCACCUGUCAUGCAAGACUCAUUCGUUGCAGAAGAUUACAACAACAGGCUAUUGAGUCAAAUGCAGUUCUGGAGCAGUUUCUUGCAGGAGGGUCCACGUCAAUACCAAAACCGCAUGAGGCUAGAGAUGAGAUUCAAUUCACACCAAUUUGUCAUAUAGAUAUCAGGCCAGUAGAGUGUGACGUAGAAAAUGAUUGUAAGGACGAAAUUUUUUGCCUUGAUUCCGUUAAAGUUGAGGAAGACAAUUUCGAAAAUGAGACUUCCAAAUUUGAAGAAAAUGAGAAUCAUGAUACAGGAAACAAUAUGGUAACCGAAACUGAUGACGAAGUAACUGUGACGCCUUCCACUAGUGAACAGCGUACUUUGAUUGGGGUUACUGACAAGAAUUUCGACGAGGUCAUUGGCGACUGGAUGGAACUGAACGAUAAUCUAAGUGACUGUGACAUGGAUACAGAAAACGAGGACUACUUUUUCCCUGUCAUGACCUCACGCAACGCUACGGCGGAGCCUGCGACUGACACUGAUAUGACGUUGUACGAAGCUCGUGUACUAGAGACAGAAGAUCGACGAAACGACCUAGCAAUCAGGGCGAUCGCACCACAUGACUAUUACAAUUUUGAGUGGAAAAGAGACAAACAGACUUUUAUAGGACGACGGGAAAAUUUUACCGGGACUCCAGGAGCGACAUUUUCAAUUACAGACCAGACUAGUGUCGUCGAGAUUUUUUAUAAAAUGAUCGACACCGACUUCAUAGACAGAAUUUGCACAGAGACUAACAGAUAUGCCGACCAGAAAAUAAAAUUAUUGAAAGGCCAGAAAGAAUUCGUACCGACUUUGAGACUGCACCAAUGGACACCGACGGACAGGGACGAAAUGGUCAGUUUUCUGGCCAUAACAAUUCUUCAAGGGAUAUACCCCCUACCGAAAGAGGAGUCCUAUUUUAGUUUUAAUGGUUUUGCCACUAUGCCUUACUUCCGAAAAAUAAUGUCUUAUAAUAGAUUUUUAUUAUUAAAGUCGCUGAUCCAUUUUGUUGAUAAUGAGACAAUUACAGAACCAAACAAACUGUGCAAAAUUCAAAUGGUGACUGACUAUUUCAACGAAAAGUUCUCGCAUUUAUAUUAUCCUUCCCAGGAGGUUGUCAUUGACGAAUCCCUUCUGAAGUGGCACGGGCGACUAGGCUUCGCUCAGAAGAUUUCGUCCAAAGCUGCGCAAGUCGGAGUUAAGACUUAUGAGCUUUGUGAGGCUUCCUCUGGUUAUCUGUGGAAGUUUCUUAUUUAUGCGGGAAAAGAAAAGACUGGAACUGCGCCUGCAACAGCAACAUCUGACGAAACUAACCCUACUGACACUGACGAAAGACCUGAUGACACAGACACGACUGAACAUGUCAUAACUGGCAGUAGCGAUGUACGUCCCAGCAAUGCUACUGCCAAAAUAGUUUACGACUUAGUAGAACCUCUACUUCACCGCGGACACACGUUAAUAAUGGACAAUUUUUACAAUAGUCCAUUAUUAGCGCGGUGUCUGAAACGACAACAAACAGAUAGCUUUGGAACCUUACGACUGAGUCGGGAAUUCGUUCCCGAUUCAUUGAAGACAAUAACAAAGACGCAACUAAGACAAGGUGAAGUAUUGGCAAGCUACUGUUCCGAUUUGUCGGUAAUCGUAUGGCGAGAUGCUAACCUAGUUAGUAUGCUCUCGACAUACCAUGCCCUCCAGAUUGGUACGCGACAAAAAUAUGACCGAUUAACAUACAAGCCAAAGGUUGUCCUGGACUACAACAAGUGCAUGGGAGGAGUGGACAGGAAAGACCAGUUCUUGUCUGCCCAGCCCAUGGAACGUGUACGAAAUAAAAUUUGGUACAAAAAGGUAUUUCGUCGUCUCUUUAACUGUGCCAUUUUUAAUUGUUUCAUAUUAUUCAAAACUGCCAAUCCAAAUGUAUCACAUAGACAGUUCAGGACCACUUUGGCGGAAGACUUACUAAAGUUACACCGACAUAUUGACCUCACAACAGAACCACGACUUGUGAAUUUAAGAACCGGACUGACGAAAAGGUCAAAGACAACUACGACCAGCAGACCUAAAGUCGAACAUCGACAUUUUCCAAUCAAAACCGGCUUUAAGCAAAGUCGCUGUUGGUUGUGCGCCCGGCGAAAAGUUGCAGCCAGAACUAUUUGGAAGUGCCUAGAAUGUGAUAAAAAUCUAUGCAUUAAUGGUUGCUUUAUAGAGUACCACACAUAAUUUAUUGUUUUAUUUAUUUAUUUUAGUUUUAAGUACUUUUUUUUAAAUAUUUAGUUAGUAAUAAAUUUGUUUAAAAAGUGGAUGAUAAUGAUAUGGUUUUGUGAAAAAAAAAUUUAUUAUGUCAAUAAACUGUACAUUGAUUU